AUGGCUUCAGGAUACGACAGAGCUCUUUCAGUCUUUAGUCCCGAUGGACAUGUCUUUCAAGUAGAGUAUGCCUUGGAGGCUGUCAAGCGAGGCACUUGCGCUGUUGGAGUUAAAGGUGAGGGCAUUGUGGUGCUCGGCUGCGAGAAGCGUUCGGCGAUGAAGCUACAAGAUACACGAAUUACGCCCUCGAAAAUCGGUCUCAUCGACAACCACGUUUGUCUCGCCUUUGCUGGUCUUAACGCCGAUGCUAGAAUAUUGGUCGACAAAGCUAGAGUAGAGGCUCAGUCACACCGACUUACGGUUGAAGAUCCGGUGACAAUUGAGUAUAUCACGAAAUAUGUUGCUGGUGUCCAACAACGAUACACGCAGAGUGGUGGUGUCCGUCCUUUUGGAAUCAGUACGCUGAUAGUUGGCUUCGAUAACGGUGACAAGACACCCCGACUCUACCAGACAGAACCUUCCGGCAUAUACUCUGCAUGGAAAGCCAACGCCAUCGGCCGAUCUAGCAAGACCGUCAGGGAGUUCCUUGAGCGAAAUCAUAAGGACGGUAUGGACCGGGAGGCUACUAUCCAGCUUACUAUUAAAUCCCUUCUCGAGGUUGUGCAGACGGGUGCGAAGAAUAUUGAGAUUGCCAUCAUGGCCCCUGGAAAGCCAAUGGAGCUUCUCCCUAACGACGAGAUUGAGGCCCAUGUUAAGAGCAUAGAAGCUGAGAAGCAGGAAGAGGCGGCCAAGAAGAAGACUGGCAGGACUCCUGGCACGGGAACUGCCACUCUAUUGCCCAGACAGUCUGGUGAGGGCUCCUCUAGCUGA